UCCUUCCUGUCGUUUGGGGGCUCUCUGGACGUUUAGGAGUUCCGGGCUUAAACGUCGCUUGGCGGGCAUGGAGGUGAUCGAGCGAAAAAGCAGGCGGAGAGGCUCAGGGAUGAGCCCGGCUCAGGAUCCCAUGGCAGUGGCAGAAAUGGUUAUGGACCCUGUACAGAGACUCCCAAGGGGAGGUGUUGAGUGGGCACCUUUACACAGAGGGCUGGAGUUCAGAGGACGGAUUCAGGAUGGAGACGGCCACAACAGAGUGGCCGGUGUGUGGACUAGGAUGAAGCUGAAGUUUUGGCAGGACCGUGUGGUCUUUGAGGACGUGGCUGUGUAUUUCUCCCAGGAGGAGUGGGGCCUCCUUGAUGAAGCUCAGAGACACUUGUACCAUGCUGUGAUGACGGAGAACUUUGCACUUGUGACCUCCCUAGGUUGUCAGCAUGGAGCCCAGGAUGAGGAGGCACCUUCUGAGCAAGAUGUUUCUGUAGGAGUGUCACUGGUCAGGACUCCAAAGCCAGAUCCAUCCUCCAGGAAGGCCCAGCCCUGUGAGAUAUAUGGCCCACUCUUGAAAGACUUUUUGCAGCUGCUUGAGCAUGACGGAAUGUUCUCUGAUCCAGGACUAUACUUUGGUGGGGCAAACCUUUUCCAGCAGCAGAAGGAGCAGAUUAGAGACAACCUUUCCAGAAGGGGUGAGGGGCAGCCUUCAUUUCUGACCAACAGCAGUGUUCACAUGGCAGAGAGGACCUUGACAUGCAACAGAGACAGAAAGGACUUCCCAGGCAGCACAGGCCUUCUGCAGCAGCCGGCCCCUCACAGUGUGGGGAAGCCACACAGGGACACUGAGUGCAGGGAAGCCUGUGGUAGUGGACAGAGUGAUUACAGGUGCACUCAGUGUGGGAAAGCCUUUAGCCGAGAAAAGAUGCUUGUUGAGCACCAGAAAAUCCACACUGGAGUAAGGCUUUAUGAGUGCAGCAAAUGCAGGGAAUUCUUCAAGUACAACGCUAACUUCAUAAAACAUCAGAGAAUUCACAGUGGAGAAAGCCCUUAUGAGUGCAGAGAAUGUGGAAAAUUCUUUAGAUACAACUACAGACUGGUAAGACAUGAGAGAAUUCACACCGGAGAAAGGCCUUAUGAGUGCAGUGAAUGUGGGAAAUCUUUCAUGUACAGCUCCACAUUCAUUAGACAUCAGAGAGGUCACAUUGUAGGAAGGCCUUAUAAGUGCAGUGAAUGUGGGAAAUUCUUUCAGUAUAACUCCACACUCAUUAAACAUCAGAGAGUUCACACUGGAGAAAGGCCUUAUAAGUGCAGUGAAUGUGGAAAAUUCUUUAGGUACAACUCUGCAUUCAUUAAACAUCAGAGAGUUCACAGUGGAGAAAGGCCUUAUGGGUGCAGUGAAUGUGGGAAAUUCUUUAGGUACACCUCCACACUCACUAGACAUCAAAGAAUUCAUACUGUAGAAAGGCCUUAUGAGUGCAGUGAAUGUGGGGAAUUCUUUAAGUACAAGUCCAAGCUUAUUAAACAUUGGCAAAAUCACACUGGAGAAAGGUCUUACGAGUGCAGUGAAUGUGGAAAAGGCUUCAGGUACCACUGCAGACUCAUUAGACAUAAGAGAGUUCACAGUGGAGAGAGGCCUUAUGAGUGCAGUGAAUGUGGGAAAGCCUUUAGCCAUAAGAAUGUACUUCUUCAGCAUCAGAAAACCCAUACUGGAGAAAGGCCUUAUGAGUGCAGAAAAUGUCAGAAGGCCUUCAUUAGGAAGUCCUACCUCAUACAUCACCAGAAAAUCCACAGUGAAAACGAUAUGAGUGCCCUUAAUGUGGCGAACUCUUUAGAUACAACUCCAACCUCACUGAGCAGAGAAUUCACAGUGGUAAAAACCUUAUGAGUUCAGAGAAUAUGGUAAAUUCUUUAGGUACUACUCCAAACUCCUUACACUGGAGGAGCAUCUUAUGAGUUGAUGUUGAAGUGGGCCUUAUGAGUACAGAAAAUAUGGGAAAUUGGUACAGCUCCCCACUCAUUAGACAUCAAGAGUUCACACUGGAGGAAGGCCUUCUGAGUGCAGUGAAUGUGGAUAAGUCUUUAGGUGAAACGUCAGGCCCAUUGCACAUCACAGAUUUCACAAUGCAGAAAGACCUUGUAAGUACAGUGAAUAUGGGCAUAUGUUCAGCCAAAACUUCCACCUCAUUCAGCACCAAAAAUUUCACAACAGAGGGAGUGUUGCAAAUGGGGAAAGACUUCAGCAAAAUAUCUGCUCUAAUCUAUCCUUAACAGUAUCCUCAUAUAGUAUUUUUUUUUUUACAUUUUACAUUUUUGAUUGUAGCAAAAUACAUGUAACAGUUUACCCUCUACCUUUUUAAUUGUACAGUUUAGUGUGUUUAAAAAUUCAAGUAUUUGUGCAACUAAUCUCCAGAAUUCUUUUCAUCUUGCAAAAAUGAAACUGUAUACCCGUUAAACAACAUCUCUUCCUAUGCCCUCUCUAUCGGACCUGUCUCUAUGAAUUUGAUUACUCUGGGUACUUUAUAUGAGUGUAAUCAUACAUUUUUCAUCUCUUUGUAACUGGCUUAUUUAGCUUAGCAUAACUUCCCCGUGUUGAAGCAUUUGUGAGCACUUCUUUCUGUUUUGAGAAGGAAUCAGAAUUGACCCACCCAAGACAUGGGGAAGGGUGCUGAUGGAGUCAAUACUACCUUGCCAGAUACGAUUUUUGUAGAGGAAGAGAUUUAGAUUUUAUUAACACCUUUAUUGUGGUACUGACAUACAAUAAACGGCAUUUAUUAAAAAUGUAAGAUGUAUUUUCACACGUGUGUGUAAUGGGACCAUCACCAAAGUCAUGAUAAUGAACAUGUCUGUCAUAGAGUUUCCAUUGGCCCCUUUGUAUUCUCUCAGCCCUAGCCAACCUGCCAUCUCUAGGGAGACAUUAUAGUUUUUUUUCGUCGUUUUUUUUUUUUUUUUUUUUGGCUGUGCCACGCAUCUUGCGGGAUCUUGUUCCCUGA